AUGGUGCUCAACUCGGACGAGUGUCAGACGUGUUUGGUGACGGCGGAGAACUUGGACCACGUCUUUGUUACUUGCUCCACUGCAAAGGUAAUUAAUGCGCUUUUGGUCUCGUGGGUAGAGUGGUGGCCGGCAAACGCUUCCUCAGCACGUCAAAUGUGGUCGACAAUUUCAAUGAUAGGGGAUACCUGCAGAAGAGAGGUUAGCAAGGUGAUUACGGCAGCUUUCUUUUGGUCCAUUUGGAAUCAAAGGAACCGCAAGACGUUCAACGGAAAGAGCAAAUCUGAUAAGGAAGUUUGUAGUGAGAUUCAAUUCACGGCUUAUGAUUGGAUUAGAUGUAGAGCAAAAGGUAUCAAGUCUUUUAGCUGGGAGAGAUGGAUCUGUAAUCCGGUUGACAGGGCCGGCCCUGAGAUUUUGGAUGCCCACGGCGGAAAGUAA